AUGACGAGCAUGUCGAGCACAGAGGAACAAAGUCAUUUCAUCAGCUUGGCUCUAGCUGAGGCUGCUAAAUGCCCCGUAGUCAGCGGUGCUUUCAGCGUUGGCUGUGUAUUGGUACACAACCACUCUGUUAUUUCCACUGGCUUCUCGAGAGAGCUGCAAGGCAACACGCAUGCUGAGGCAAACGCUAUUGAUAAGCUUGAAGACCACUCUAUCCUUCCCCAUGUCGACCUUUACACAACCCUAGAGCCAUGCACCGUACGCACUUCCGGCCUACACCCCUGCACAGCCACAAUUAUACAGAAGGGCAUAAAAAGAGUCUUUAUAGGCGCAAGUGAGCCACCGGAUUUCGUCGUCUGCGAGGGCGUCAAUCAGCUCAGACAGGCCGCCAUCGACGUCAUUUUCGUCGAUAGCACCUCGUACACUAAAAGUACUGGCAGAAUCCUGGGAGAGGAUUGUCUGGCAGCUGCUAGGAGAGGAGAGUAG